AUGCGCUGCCCCAGGAUAAGGCUCCCCAAAAUUGCCAAAGUCCUGCUUUGCCUCAUUGCUGUAACACAGUUCUGCCUCUUCUUUGGUAAUUCUAGAUCUUUGUUUGACUUGGCGAAGACGAAGAUUUUCAGGAAACUGAACAUUUUCCAACAUGCCCCAGAGACAGAACAAGUGGACCCCCAACAGCAACAGGGUUUAAACUAUUCUGAUAAUGGGAACUCCAGCAGCAUUUUAAAGGUGACUUCAGGAGGACACAUCAUAACACUCAAAGAUGUGGUGGAGAAGACACCAAGAUGGACAGGAAAGGAGGAGCAGAUGGAAAAAGUGAAACCGGUUAUGAGCGUUAAGGAAGCAAAGGAGAAUGUGGCUGUGAAACCACCACCCCAGCUGGAGGGAAUCAAGAAGACAACAGUGAAAACAACCCCUAUGGUGCAGGGAAACAAGGGGAAGACAACAGUGAGGCCAGCUCCAUGGGUGGAAGAAGCCAAGGAAAAGACAACAGUGAAACCACUUCCCAGGGAGAAGGGAGGCAAGGAGAAGACAACAGUGAAACCAUCCUCAGGGGUGAAGGGAGCACAUGAGAACAACACAACCACAGACCAAGCAAAACCCAAAGCACCUCCUGCAUCAAUGAAAACUGUAAGACCUGCUCCUCAGGCUGCUGCUGUGACACAGAAGAGGAAACUGAGCUCUGCUAACUUCACAUCCGAGCCAAAGUGGGACUUUGAGGAUCAGUACCUGCUGGAUAACUCAUCCCCACCCUCGACCUGCUCUGAAUCAGUGAGGGCCAGGGCUGCCAAGUCUGCCUGGCUGCGGGAUCUUUUCCUGCCCAACAUCACACUCUUCAUGGACCAGAGAUACUUCAGUGACAGUGAAUGGAACCGCCUGGAGCAUUUUAUACCCCCCUAUGGCUUCAUGGACCUGAAUUAUUCACUGGUAAAGGAGGUCAUAUCCCUGCUGCCCCCAAAGCCCCACCAGCAGCUGCUCCUGGCCAGCCAUGACAGCAGCAUGCCCACGUGCAUCAGCUGUGCUGUUGUGGGGAAUGGAGGAAUACUGAAUAACUCUGGGAUGGGCCAGGAGAUUGACUCCCAUGACUAUGUCUUCAGGGUCAGCGGGGCUGUAAUCAAGGGUUAUGAAAAAGAUGUGGGAACAAAAACCUCCUUUUAUGGAUUCACGGCCUUCUCCCUGGUUUCCUCUCUUCAGAUCUUGGGACACAGAGGGUUCAGCAGGAUCCCGUGGGAUGAACAUGUCAGAUACAUUCACUUCCUGGAGGGAGCAAGAGACUAUGAGUGGCUGAAGGCUCUUCUGCUGAACAAGCACAUCAGGAAAGGAUUCUUGAACCUCGGCGGGCAGAAGCCCCGGCAGAAAUUCGAUGAAGCUUUCACAAUGGACAAAUACCUGGUGGUUCACCCUGAUUUCCUCAGAUACAUGAAAAACAGGUUUUUAAAGUCCAAAAAUUUGGAAAAGCACUACUGGAGGCUGUACAGACCCACAACAGGGGCCUUCCUGCUGCUGACUGCCCUCCACCUCUGUGACCGGGUCAGUGCCUAUGGCUACAUCACGGAGGGGCACGAGAAGUACUCGGAUCACUACUAUGACAAGGACUGGAAAAAGCUGAUUUUCUACAUUAACCAUGACUUCAACCUGGAGAAACAGGUGUGGAAAAGGCUUCAUGAUGAGAAUAUCAUGAAACUUUACCUGAGAACCUGACUGCAGCAAGGGCCAGUUUGCCUGGGCAAUCUCAACAACACCUCACUGGGAACAGAAGACAACCACCAGAGCCAAGGUUAGCUCUGGACUGCCAGGCACAUUUCAUCCCCACAAAGACAUUUCCCUCCUUCAGCACCUCUCUUAUUUCACUUCAACAAAUGUAUGAAUGCUGCAGACCCAAAGACCAACAGGAAAAUGCAGCCUGCCAACAAAGUGCCACCUGGCUGUGCUGCAGGACUCCUGCUGGUUGUUGUAGGCAUGGGUAUAUGACAGCACAAUCCAGGAUAUGCUCCUUUGUGUAAUUCAGGUUUUCUCUCUGCAAGGAGAUGCUCCUCAGGCUGGGGCCACUGCUCUUCUGGGUGGAUCCUCUCCAUUAGCAAUGCCCAUUUUGGAGCUGGGUAUUGUCUAAACAAACUCCCUGGGGAGCUGGAAUGGAUGGAGGUGGAAACACAGAUUUUGUUUCAGGUUGAUUUAAUUUCUUGAUGGGGAGGGCUGCACUCACUCUGCUCCCUGCAGAUAAAAAGGAUGGACUGGACACUUCCAGGUGACUAAUUUGAGAGAGAAUGGGUUUCACUUCUGCUACCCUGUGUGGCCUUGCUAUGGCCCUUCCAGAGGAGCAGUGCCAUCAACUCCAGGGCAGGUAGCUGCUCUCCAUGGUGCAGCAGACCUCCUGUACCUCUGCCUCUUGCCCCAGGGCUCCCCUGGCUGCACAAAAUGUGAAUUUUGUGGCGUGGACCUGAUGUGCCAAGUCCUUGCAUAGCUGGACUUGGUCACGCUUGGCUCCCAGCUGUGCCCAGGGCGCUGUGUUUGUCCUGUUGGGAGGAGAGGUGGAAGCUCUCCAAGUCCAGGGAUGGAUGCCAUGUGUCCCUGCUGCUGGCUGAAGUGCCUGUCCCCCGUGGUGCUGAGAGGGGCCCAGCUGCAGCCAGCACACCUGGAGCAUGCUGGCCUCCUGGAAGGGGUUUUGAAAGCAAAAUAAAUGGCACUACUUUGGCCAAGCUGAUCUUUCGUGCAGCCCUGUGGGUUGUGGUUAUAUAGUGCACCCAGAAUUGAUGUUUAAUGGCUGAGAUACAACAGAUGGCAAAGCCAGGAGAGUACAGGACUGAGGGACAAUGAGGUUAUCUUAUUUGGAGAAGCUCUGCAGCUUGUGUGGACACACCUGAGCAUCUCCCAGCUGUUCACCUUGCAGGACAGGGAUCAGCACCAGCCAGACACCUCUCUGAGGAAGUGGGUGAACACCUGGCAAGUCUGCCCUUGUCCCAGCAACUGCUCUCCAAGUGCAUCAGAUAUUCAAGAAAAAUGCACGAAGGGCUGGCUGUUUCCCCCAUGACACUGUGCAGGCACAAAGCCACCUCCAGUGUCCCAGCAGGUGCAGAGCCUGUCCCUGGGGCUAACCAGCUGCACACUCACCAGACCUGCUUGGCUGUGAGUGUUUUUCCAUUUCUGCAGCGUUUUUGUGGGGGGCAGCAGUGUCUCCAGGGACUCUCUGGGCUCCAAGGAAGGCAUUUCAGCCGGGAUUGUCAGCAGGGUUGGUCAGGCUUGAUUUCCUUUCCCCCUUUUUGCUUGUGCUGCAGAGAGGCCGGGCAGUUUCUCAUGUCUCACUGAGCUUGUUUGUGAAGGACAGCCGCCCACAGUGAGAAUCAAAAUGCAGAAUUCAGCUUCUCUGGAGAGGCUGUAGCCUGUGCCUGGCUGCUGUGCACAUCAGGAGCCCGUGGGAGCAGCGAGCUGUCCGAAAGGCACGGUGCCUCUGCUGGGAGUGAUGCAGCCCUGUGGGAAUGCCAGGCAGAGCAGAAAUCCUUCCUGAGCAGCAAGCAGGGAAGCCUGAGUGAGGCUGGUCACCACCCAGAGCUGCC